CCACUCUCUCUGCCUCCCACUGGCUCUCGUUAAUCUGUCCAUGUCUAUAUAACAUGCCUGGCUGCAGUGGUCAGUGCUGUCUCUCUCCUCUGCACCAUGAAGGCAUUAAAUGUCCUGGUGCUGCUGGCCUCAGUGGUGCUGCUCUGCCGGGCUUCUCCAGUAUUGGAGCCGGUGAUGUGCAAUGAGGAUCACAGUGCUGCGGCGGCACGUAUGGCAGUACAUGACAUCAACGAGCACCACAAACAUGGCUACAAGUUCCGGCUCAGUGAGAUCAAGGAGAACAAAAUGGAUAAGGUUGAGGAAGGAUGUACCAUUGAGCUACACUUGGACCUUCUGGAGACAAAGUGUCACUCUAUCAGCCCCAAACACUUUGAGGACUGUGAGACCCGUCAAGAAUCCUCGGGUGCGGUGAUGGCAAACUGCACCGUCAUGAUGGCUGUAAAAGAUGGCAAUGCUAAUGUCACAAGAUAUGACUGUGACACGCGACAAGUGAGAACCAACAGGGAGAUGAGCAGGAUGUGCCCUGACUGUCCCACGCUGAUCCCACUCAACAGCCAUGAGGCUCUCACAGCUAUUGAAAAAGCUGUGCACGAAGAGAACAUUAACAGUACCAACGAGCACUUCUACGUCCUGCAGGAAGUGGGACGGGUGAUGAGUGGGUGGAUGUCGUCGCAGGGGAUGUAUUACAGUUCUGAGUUCGUAAUUGUGGAGACUCAUUGCCCAAUGGGAUCCAGAAUUGCCAUUCAAGCAUGCGACCCCCUCUGCCCUGACAGAGCCCGUCACGCUUUCUGCAGAUCAUUUUAUACAAAAGGAUCUGGGCUUCGGUCUGUUGACUGUGAAUACUAUCCUGCAUUGAACACAACUGCUCUCGGCCCGGGUGAGAAGGAGCCCCAGUGUCAAUACCCUCAUCUAAUGCACCUUCCUCGUCCUGCUGGCCAUCCUUCCCCCGCUGUUCAUCAUCCCUCAGCUGGGGGGGGCCGACCACCACCACCACCCCCACCCCAUGCUCACGGUCAUGGUCAGGGCCCUCCUUCCUUUGCUGGAAGUGGACCCCCACCCCAUGCUCAUGGUCAUGGUCAUGGUCCUCCUUCCUUUGCUGGAAGUGCACCCCCACCCCAUGCUCAUGGUCAUGGUCAGGGCCCUCCUUCCUUUGCUGGCGGUCAAGGACCCCCACCCCAUGCUAAAGGCCCAAUUAACAGAGAAAGAGUGCUCCCCUUCUUCAUCGGUCCCUGCAAUGGAUUCUUGGCUUACAGUGACCCAGCUCUCCAUCCCAUAUGUCCCAAGCCUUUACCUGAACCCAGAAAUAUCCCAGAACUCGCGAGGCCCUGAAACACAAGCACAACACCAAUUUACGACUGUUCAGAAGACUUCUCGAAUUGUCUCUAACGCAUACAAGAAUGGUUUGAGUCCUAACAUCUUACAGAACAUGUUCAAUAAAGUAUCAAGGUCUGUCAUUCAAACUUC